AUGGCAUUGACUCUCCAAACCGCAAUCAACGGCCCGGCCAACUCGCCCGCCGUCAUCAUCCCGUCCAAGCCCGCCCUGACGGCAACCUACGGCGACCUUGUCCGCGAGACCGCAAACUUUCAAGGCAAGCUCGCCGCCAUCGGCAUCACCACCGCCUCCCCCGUCUCCAUCGCCACCGUCAACUCGUAUGAGUUUAUCGUCUCGUUCCUGGCCGCCUCAUGGCAGCGCGGCAUCGCCGCCCCCCUGAACCCGGCCUACAAGCAGGACGAGUUCGAGUUCUACAUCGAGGAUGUCAAGUCUGCCAUCGUCCUCGUGCCCAAGGGCGCGUACGCCGCUGGUGCACCUGCCGUGAAGGCUGCCCAGAAUUUCAAUGCCGCCGUCGCAGAGACAUACUGGGAUGCGGCGAAGAAGGAAGUUGCGCUUGACGUGAAGGAGUUGGGACAGCUCAAGGGCAAGGGACCUACGCAGGUGCUGAAGGCGCAGCCAGACGAUGUCGCGUUGGUGCUUCACACCAGCGGAACCACCUCCCGUCCCAAAGUUGUCCCUCUCACCCACCGCAACCUGACCAGAACGAUGAAAAACAUCGAAAACACAUAUCAGCUCACCUCCGCGGACCGCACGAUGCUCGUCAUGCCCCUCUUCCACGUCCACGGCCUCCUCUGCGGCCUCCUCGCCCCUCUGGCCACCGGCGGUUCCAUGGUCGUCCCCUCCAAGUUCUCCGCCACCGAAUUCUGGCAGGACUUCAUCGCCCACAAGGCCAACUGGUACACCGCCGUGCCCACCAUCCACCAGAUCCUCCUCAAGAACCCGACGCCCAACCCGCUCCCGCAGAUCCGCUUCAUCCGCUCCUGCUCCUCCCCGCUCUCCCCCACCGUCUUCGCCCAGCUCGAGGAGACGUACAAGGCCCCCGUCCUCGAGGCCUACGCCAUGACCGAGGCCGCGCACCAGAUGACCUCGAACCCGCUCCCGCCCGCCAAGCGCAAGCCCGGCACCGUCGGCCUCGGCCAGGGCGUCGACGUGCGCAUCCUCGACGACGAGGGCAACGAGCUCGAGCAGGGCAAGGAGGGCGAGAUCUGCAUCCGCGGCGAGAACGUCACCAAGGGGUACCUCAACAACCCGGCCGCCAACGCCUCGUCUUACACCAAGGGCGGCUUCUUCCGCACCGGCGACCAGGGCAAGAAGGACGAGGACGGCUACGUCGUCAUCACCGGCCGCAUCAAGGAGCUCAUCAACAAGGGCGGCGAGAAGAUCAGCCCCAUCGAGCUCGACAACGUCCUCACGCGCCACCCGGCCGUGUCCGAGGCCGUCAGCUUCGCGAUCCCGGACGAGAUGUACGGCCAGGACAUUGGCGUCGCCAUCGUCCUGAAGCAGGGACAGCAGCUGAAGCAGGACGAGCUGAGGGGCUGGGUUGCGGAGAAGCUUGCCAAGUUCAAGGUUCCCAAGAAGAUUUACUUCACCGAGACGAUGCCCAAGACGGCCACCGGCAAGAUCCAGCGCCGCAUCGUUGCCGAGAAGAUGUUGUUGCAGGAGCAGCCCAAGGCCAAGUUGUAG